AUGGCAUCCGUAGAGAAGCUGCGCAAGAACCGUGGCGUCGUCAGGGCCAGCGUCACGAACACUAUUACGCUCCUGACCGAUGAACUGCAGGUCUCCGUUCCCGAUGCCUCCCAGUUGAACUCUCACGUUACCUACCUUGUUCAGAAGAACGCGGAGCUCGGCAGCCUCGACAAGCAAAUCUUCGACGCCACUGACGACGACGCUUACGAGGAAAAACUCGAGGCAGCAGCCGAAUGCGACCGAAAGGUCUCUUACGCGGUGUCCCAAGCGCGGUUCUUUCUUCGAGAGCUUGCGAAGCAAACGACGACGACGAGUGCCUCAAGUCUGGACGCAACUCCACCGAAGGCCGACGCCGGUAGUGACCGGACCUCAGCAGAAAAUGAGUUCAACCAAGUGAUCCACAACAACGGUGCCCUCACCGACGUCGACAAGUUCACCUAUCUACGCUCAGUCUUGACCGGCGACGCGGCAUUGGCGAUCGCGGGACUUCCAGCAACUGCGAGCUGCUACAGUGAUGCCCUGGACAUUCUAAAGCGGCGCUUUGCUAAGGACGACUUGAUCAUUCAGGAUCACAUGCAGCGACUCAUCGACUUGCAACCCGUUCGAUCCCCCAAUGACCUUCGUGGCCUUCGAAGCCUCUACGACACUGUGCAGUCCCAGACACGUGCCCUCAAGACUCUGCGAGAGCAGUGCGACUCGGAGCGAACUGUGCACCACCGGAGACCUCGAGUCGCCGCUAGCGGAGGCAAGCCCGGGUAA